AUGCAUAACUGCUCAUUAAAUAUUAUUGAAUAUAGUCAAUUUCUUCAACUACAAAUACGCUCUGCCAAUACCUAUACAUUUUUAUUAUUUAAUGCACGUAUUUGUCAUCUCUUAACUGUUACACAAUGUGAAGUUUUAUAUGCACCAUCAUUAGUAACUAACAAUAAUAAUAAUAAUAAUAAUAAUAUUUCAACAAAAAUCGAUUCCAUAGAUAGUUAUUUUCGUACUUUUAUUCAAACAAUGAAUCAUAAUGAAUGUGAAAAAUAUUCCAAUACAGUCCGACGAAAAUUUAUUUUAUUUAUUAUUGGAAUUAUCCUAUCUGUUCUUGUUAUUCUAUUAAAUACAAUUGUAACAUUAACUAUAUUAAAUUCAACAAAAUUACGUUCAUUAAUAACUAAUCUCUUUUUAUUGAAUUUAUCUAUUGCGGAUUUCCUAAGUGGCUUUUCAUUUCUCUAUCCAUGUCUUAUGAAUAUACUAGUAGAAUAUGCUGUUGUUAAUUACAAUUCAGCAUUAUUAGAACGUUUGAAUGACAUACGUAAUAAUUAUUAUAUUUGUUUAAUAGCCUAUGCUUUUAUUAUGUCUGGUAUGUUAAUGUCUGUAUCAAUAUUAUUAUCGAUAUCAAUUGAUAAAUAUAUUUAUAUAUUUAAACCGUAUUCAUAUAAAAAAAUCAUAACUAAACGUCGAUGCUUAUUAUGGAUAUCAAGUUUAUGGUUUAUUUCAAUUUUAAUCGGUCUUCUACCAUUACUUGGCUGGAAUAAAAUGAAAACAUGUUCUUCAUCAAAACAAAGUUUAUGUGUUAGUAAUAUUAUUUGUCUUAUUGAUCGAGUGUUUACAACAGGCUAUUGUUCAUUAUUUGCAACUAUAAGUCUUCUUGCUGCUAUUGUUAUUUUAUAUGUAUAUGUUCGAAUAUUUUUUGUUGCAAGAGAUCACCUAAUGAGAAUUGAACGUUUAAGAUCACAAUAUUCAUCCUAUGAACAACCAUCGACACCAACAACAGCCAUUACUUUACUAACACCAAACAAAAUAAAUGAUGAACGAGAUUUACAACAAUGUUUUACAUUGUCGUGUUCAAUACUACAACGUUCUAAUGAUGGUCGAGAACGAACAGGUCUUUUUCGUGUAAAUAUCCGUCGUAGUUUACGUGCACUUCGUACGUUACUUGUUUUACUCGUUGGUUUUUAUCUCUGUUGGUUACCUUUAUUAAUCUAUUUAUUAAGUCAUGCAUGGAUGGAUUUCAAAAGUAAUUUAAUUAUUCAUGUACUUAUUCUUAUAGCUAAUGUUAAUUCAUUGGUUAAUCCAAUUGUUUAUGCAUAUCGUUCCAAACAAUUUCGUAUUGAAUUAUGGAAUGGAACAAUAGGACGAUGUUGUGUUAAUCAUCAAUAUCGUCCACAUCCAUCGCCAGCAGCAACUGUUGCUGCUGCUAUUGCAUGUAAAAGAGCUCAUCUUUUACCAUCACUUAAAUCGGUCAUUUGA